UAUCAAGCCAGCUUAUGGAGUGCAUUUUCAUUCACCACUCCUGAUUUUCGAAUUCAACUUGGAUUUAUAUCUCCUUUUUUGAUCUCCAAAUGGGAAGAAAAUGAGGCAUGGCAGAUUUAGCAAUAUCAGUGCCCUAGUUCAACCCACAACCAAUUGCCCACGAACAGAGCUCAACGCUGUCCCAGUGUUUUCCGUGUCAUCGGCGCUGCAGAGUUACAUCAAUUCCGAUCACCCCUCUCACGGCCAGAAGAUCCAUUCCCGCAUUAUCAAAACUGGCUUCAUACCCAAUGUCAACAUCUCCAUCAAACUCCUCAUCCUCCACAUCAAGUCUUCAUGUUUAUCGUACGCGCGCCAGGUGUUCGAUGAAAUGCCUCACCGAACUUUAUCAGCCUACAAUUACAUGAUAGCAGGAAACGUAAGGCACGGUUUUGCCGAAGAAGCGUUUGAAUUGGUGAGAGAACUCUACCUUUCAGGUGAGAAGCCAGAUGCUUACACAUUUUCGAUGAUUUUAAAAGGUUCAACUAGUGGAAAUGCAGGGCUAUCCUCACAUUUUGUUGCGAGGGAAGUCCAUGCCCAAAUCUCGAAAUCUUAUGUAGUCGGUGAUGACGUGCUCUAUACCGCAUUAGUCGAUGCGUAUGUGAAGGGCGAGAGGAUUGAUUAUGCGAGGAGAGUGUUCGAUUUGAUGCUGGAGCAGAAUGUGGUUUGUUCUACGUCGAUGAUCACCGGGUACAUGAACCGAGGCCGUUGGGAGGAUGCAGAGGAUGUGUUUGAGAAAACUCUCGAGAAAGAUGUGGUGGUUUACAAUGCCAUGAUUGAAGGAUACAGCAAAUCGGUUGAAAUGGCUAAGAAGGCCAUAGAGAUGUAUAUUGAGAUGCAGCGUCUUGAUUUCACGCCUACCAUAUCAACGUACGCAAGCAUCAUCGGGGCUUGUUCGCUCUUGUCAGCGUUUGAAAUCGGCCAGCAGAUCCAAGGGCAGCUCGUAAAGACUGAGUUUUUCCCUCACAUAAAGAUGGGGAGUGCUCUGAUAGACAUGUACUCCAAAUGUGGCCGGACAGAGGAUGCAAGGCGCGUCUUCGACUACAUGCCUAGAAGGAACAUCUUCUCGUGGACGUCGAUGAUUGAUGGAUACGGCAAGAACGGAAGCCCAAACGAAGCUCUAGCGCUCUUCAACAGAAUGAUCAAUGUCAGCCGGAUCACCCCAAACCACGUGACGUUUCUUGGCGCGUUGUCAGCUUGCGCCCACGCGGGGCUGGUCGGUGAAGGGAUGGAGAUCUUUAAGAGCAUGGAGCGGGUUUAUUCGAUGAGGCCGAGAAUGGAGCAUUACGCUUGCGUGGUUGAUCUGUUGGGGCGCGCGGGGAGGUUGGACGAGGCGCUUGAGUUCAUAACGCAGAUGCCCGAGAAGCCCAACUCGGACGUGUGGGCGGCUUUGCUGAGUUCUUGCAGGUUGCAGGGUGAUGUGGAGCUUGCUAGAGCGGCUGCGGACGAACUUUUCAAGGUGAAGGAGGAGAGCAGGCCGGGGGCGUAUGUUGCGUUGUCGAACACGCUGGCUGAUGCCGGAAGAUGGGAGGGUGUGAGCCAGUUGAGGGAGGUGAUGAAGGCUAGAGGAGUGUGUAAAGGGACAGGGUUCACUUGGAUAGGGACAGAUGCUGGUUUAGAAGCUUUCCAUGCUGGGAGUUCUUAGCAAAACAUUUCAAAAUCUUCUUUUUCAUACAAAAGAAUUUCAUAAUAGAGAUUGUAUUCACUCAAUUGUGUGAACUGGUAUUUAUUGAUAAAUGCUGAGGGAUUUUGGCUUCCUUUUA